AUGCCAUUUCCGAAAUUGGCCUAUACUUCGCUGUAUUUUGGUCUGUAUAUUCGAUUGCGCUCCUUAUGUAUUACGGAGUCGAAUUUGGGCUUUGAUGUUUUGGAAAGACUGGUAUUUUGUACUCCAAACUUACUCCAUCUUGAUUUAUCAAGCACUGAUAUAAACGACUUCUCUCCAAUUGCACAUCUCCGUCAACUCAGGACUGGUGUUGUAGAUGGUGGGGAUUCUGAAGGCGGAUCUGAUUCACAGUCAAUCUUCAUCAUUGAGCUGAGGAUGGAGGAAAGUGGCUAA